AUGCUUUAUAUAAGACAUAUGUACGUAUACGUCAACCAUUCCCGUUCCCCGUCUUUUUUUCUCGUCCCACCACCACCACGAAUGGCCACACAGACGCUCACCCCGCCGCACAACAUCUGCUUGCCGUCCUACAAGGAGCUUGCCCUCGCUGCUGACAUCGACGGCCCUUGUGCGGGCCUGCCGUUACAGCCGUUGCCCAGACCGACAAGCAUUGUUUUGCCGCCGCUGGAAGUCCCGUCACGCCCAUUGCGGAAGCAAGACGGCUUUGGUGCUGUGCACGACCACUUUCUCGACUUGGCGCGUCAGUGUCCCGCUGCACCGCCACCCAACAAGGAGUGGACCUCACCGUCCCCGUACUCCGCCUACCGUCCAACCUCCUCAUCGUUCAUCACACCCGUUAUGAAUGCUCUGCCGACGCCCAUCCGAGUCAGUACCACCAACCCUUCACACUCCAUCAUGAUCCACCACAUGCACCAACCGCAGCCACAACAGCCCCCGCCGCAGUACGACCGCCUUGUGAGUGAUGUGAGUGAGCCGUUCCGCUGCAGCCACGCCAUGCGCCCCAAGAAGAAGCAGGUACUGUCGUGUUCCUUCUGCAGGAAGCGCAAGAUUGCCUGUCGGAGGCCGGAGGACGGGAGCAUCGAUGAACGGUGCCAUGAAUGCGCCAGACGCAAUAUUGGGCAGUGUGCCUACGCCACGGCCCGCCGGGUUUCUCUUCGGGGAAAAAACUCGCGCCGGAAGAGCGCUGGGCGGGUGGGCAACAUCCAUCAUGAUCAUCAAGGUGCCGGGCCGGAAAUGGAGCUCGGGUCGCCCUUGCCGUCGCCUGAGCGCAAAGCUAGUGCGAGCCCGCUGUCUACGAGGAUGUCCUGCGCAGCUGCGCCGGCGUCAAACUUACACAAAUUGAAAAGCACAAGACAUGCCGCGAUGCGCGACGCUGCCACUGGCAAUGACGCACAGCUCCAAUCGUCGUUCACAACGCGCGGUGGGAUUCCAGUUCCUCAGACAAACGCGUGGUGA